AGAAGAAUCAAGAGAGAUGAAGAUUCAUGAAGACUUGAAAUGACGUAAAUACCCUCGAUAUCUUCUUCUUCCUUAUAUUUAAACACCAUCGUAUAUCUCUCUCCUUUGUCUCGACUUCCAUGUCCGAUAUAUCUUUACCAGAGAGAGAAAGCUCAGAAAUUUAAUUACCUUAUAAUUCUUUUUUUCUUUUGCUGGGAAAUUGAGGAAGUGAUUGUUAUCACCGGAGGAGAGAGAGAAAAUGUUGGGAAUUUUCAGUGGAGCUAUAGUAUCGCCGCCGGAAGAGCUGGUAGCUGCCGGAAGCCGAACUCCGUCGCCGAAAACAACCGGGGCAACUCUAGUGAAGCGUUUCGUCGAGAAAAAUCCCUCCGCCGUGUCUGUACAAGUCGGCGACUAUGUUCAGCUAGCUUACAGCCAUCACAACGAGAGUCCUCUCCGGCCGAGAUCAUUUGGGGCUAAGGAUGAGAUAUUCUGCUUGUUCCAAGGUUCACUUGACAACCUAGGAAGCUUGAAACAGCAAUACGGGCUUGCAAAGAACGCAAACGAGGUUCUUUUGGUCAUCGAGGCUUAUAAGACUCUCCGUGACAGAGCUCCUUACCCGGCCAACCACGUUGUGGCUCACCUAAGCGGUGAUUUCGCCUUUGUGGUCUUCGAUAAAUCAACCUCCACUCUGUUUGUAGCUUCUGACCAAGUUGGCAAGGUUCCAUUGUAUUGGGGAAUAACAGCUGAUGGGUAUGUGGCAUUUGCUGAUGAUGUUGAGUUGCUAAAAGGUGCUUGUGGCAAGUCUCUUGCGUCUUUCCCUCAAGGCUGUUAUUACUCAACGGCGUUAGGUGGGCUUAGGAGCUUCGAGAACCCUAAGAACAAGAUCACUGCAGUUCCUGCUAAUGAGGAAGAAAUUUGGGGAGCCACCUUUAAGGUGGAAGGAGCAACAGUUCUUGCAGAUUGAGGAUUAAAGAAAACAAACAAAGAAGAAGAUCCAUGUCUCUUAAAUCUCGAACUGUGACAGCAAAAAAAUAAAAAAUGAUGUAGGAAAAACAAAAAGCUGUUCUAUGAGUUCUUGAAGCUAUCAAUGGUUGGUGAUGUGUGUAGUGUUAUAUCUCUCUUAUGUUUUAUGCUUCUUUGUACAUCCCGUGUAUGUCUUCUGGUGUUAUUAGUGUCUUCUUCCUAAUAAGUUUAAUGUCUCUGAAACCAAAAUCUACCUUCUCUUGAUCCUUUCGUCUCUGUUACUAUAGUAAAUCUCACAAUUCUCAGUAUGUAUACAUGUAUCUGUAAGAAGUAAUAUUGACACUGGAAGAGAACGGGUUCUGAGCA